GUGACGGUUGCGCGUGCAGUGUAUAAGGGCCGGGUUUCUAUAAACACUAUUUUCUUGUCACCUGCAGCUCUGUGAGCGCGUGAAGGGGAAGAAAAGCUAUAUUUUUUAUAUUGAAAUAAAUAAAUUAAAGGAAAGAAAAUGCCCUGACUUGUUGAGUUAUCGACCCCUGGUGAUUUACUUAAUGUCAUGAAUGUGGUUGAUUGAGGACAGUGGGUCAGGAGCAGCUUGUUGAUGCGGGAUGAGUUCCAGUGAGGUGCGGAGGAAAACCCCUCAGAGAUCCACAGGCUCCAGGUCUCAGGGAAAAACUCCUAAAGUCCCGGUGAUUAAAAAGGAUCUCACCGAAAACAGACCGGAUUUAACCGAGGCUACGAGGCAUCCUGACCUUCCCCGUGUCCUAAACCUGCUUCAGGAUCCUGUAUCAUGCUCCCUGAAAGAACGGCACAUCUCUGCCUUAAAGCGAGUGGUGAAGAGAUGCCAGAAUGGCUAUUUUCUCAGAGAUCUCUCGGAUGUCUUUCAGAUUCUAAACAUCUGCGCGGGAAAAUCCGAAGAACACCCCGAAUAUGCUUCCGUGCUGCGUGACCUCAUACACGUAUGCAGGCUUCCCUUCCUAAAGGAGAAGAUGUCUGAUGAGAUGAACUAUGCCGGAGUCGUGACAGACUCGCUCUCUCAGAUGGGUUAUCUGAUGCGGGUGUCAAAUGUUGCAGUCCAAGAGCAAAUCUGUGCCUCCAUCAUAUCACUCUACAGCCCUGACAAAGCAAAGCACUAUGGGAAUGGUGUGUGUACCACGAGCCUGGCGUACAGACGUGAGCUGGUCGAGCGCAGCGGUCUGGCGGAGACUCUGCUCAUGUCACUGGCCCUCCUGGAGAAGCAGCUGUCGGUCAAACUGCACGUCCUACAGGCAUUACAGAUCCUCUCCAGGUCUUCUGCAGUGAACUGUAGCUUGAUCCUGAGAGCAGAUGGAGCCCAGAAAAUCUGCUUCCACAUGAACGAGCCGGAUCCGUCCGGACAGAUGCUGUUCCGCUCCACGGAGAUCCUCUGGAACCUUCUGGACAACGGCUCCACAGAGGAAGUCACCAAGCAGCUCAGCACCACGGACUGCAUCAUCGUCCUGAAAGAGGCUUUCUUGCAUCAUCUUCUCAAUGGCUUCCGACAUUACGACCGGCAGCUUCGCAACGACCUUCUGGUAAUUACGACCGUGAUUGCAGAAAAUCCCAGUGCCACACUAAUUGAAAGUGGGUUUGCUAAGCAGCUCAUCCUUUUUGCGACUCUUCCCGAGUUGAGAAGCCAUAACCCUCUGAUCAGAAACUUCAAGAUGACCUUCACUGAUGAGGACUUUGAGAUGAAGAAGCUGCUGCUGAACCUGAUUGUUGUUCUGUGCAGAGAUCUGGCAGCUGUACAGCUGUUUAAAGAGAGUCGAGUGAUGCUGGCGUUGAUGCUGCUCGUUCGGCCCGGUUCCUCCGAGAGUAGACGCAGCGGGAAAGCCAGACGCAGUUGGACGAGCGUCCAGCAGGAGGAGCUUCAGCUGCAGGCUUUGGCCGCUCUGGCCACAGUGGCCCCGCUCCUGCAGGAUGAGUACAUGGCCUGUCAGGCUAACACCUGCCUGCUCGUGCUUCUGGACUGGUGCACACAGCAAGGAACCGUCUCCUUCUUAGGCCAUGGUCAGGGUUUCCAUGGCAGCGGAGGUCGAGGUGGACGGAAGGCUCAAAUGCGGUACUGCCUGCGUCUGCUCCGCUGCAUGGCCUCGCUUAGCAACAGCCUCAUCAACCAGGACCUCUGUGACCAGGGAGCAAUCAGCCAGCUCAUCGGCUUACUGAGACGAUUCCAGGAGAGGAACGAGGAAGAGGACGCAGUGUCUCUGGAGAUCCAGACCGAUGUGCUGGUCACUCUGUCCAGCCUCUGUGAAGGAGAUGUGCACAGGAAGGAUUUAUUCGGAGCGGAGGGCAUAGAGAUGGCGGUUCGUUAUCUGAAUACCGACCCGGCUCAGUUGUACAGCGGCCUGGGACACAACAGACUUGUUCUCUCCGCUGUGGACUGUGUGUGGUCCUGCAUUGUCGGCUGUUACACCACAGAGGAUUUGUUUCUGGAGAAGGAAGGAGCAUUUCUCUUACUUGACUUCAUCCAGUCGAGCCCCAGGAGCAUGCAUAAUGUAGCGCUGGCGACACUGCUGGAGCUGUGCGACAACCCCAAAACUCUAGCACACGUCGAGGCCUGGAGGGGCGACAAAGAACUCACUGCUCCGGCCCUGCUGCUGCAACUCUGGAGGAAAGAAGAGGCAGAGAUCGGAGUCAAGAGAGACCAGCAUGGCCGGAUCGCUGAUGAGAAGAAGCCUCUUCUCACCAUGUAUCAGGAACAGGAGCCUCUGGAGUCCAUACCGGCAAACACACCAAGCCCUGCUGUUACAGACGUCUCUGAAAACCUGCGUGCCAAAAUCUAUGCUUUCUUCUGCAGACUAGGCUUUGAAGAUCUGCCAGGUCUGUCUGCUGAAGACUCCAUCACUUUGAGCAUAGUGAGCAGCUACCUAGACUUUAAGGUAGCCGAGGUGUGGAACGAAGUCACGGCUGAGCUGGAGCUGGAAGGUGUGAGACCGGUCACUCCGGACGCAGAGGCUAUCGGCGCCAUCGCCCGGACAAGUGAAGACAAAGUCAAACACGUCUCUUCAUUGCAGCAGAGCGUUGUGGACCAGAAAGAGCAGGAAGACCUUCACCAGGAGAAACAUGCAUACGAAGAGAUCAGCUUAAACCACAAGCAGCAAGAGCUUACAGCCAAAUCCUGGGAGCAUUAUGUUGCUAAGACGUCCAACUACAAGAUCUUGAAGGAGUCAAAGCUACUGCAGGAAAGAUCUAUCGAGUCAUCACGUCCGAGAGAGAAACCAGAGGGUUUUACCUUCCACUCCACUCAGAUCUCCGGCCUGCAGACCACUAAUUUCUGUGGCCGUGUCUUGGCCAUCGACAGCACCCCUACAGAGCUGACUGGUGGACCCCUGGCAAACACAGACCUUGCCCUAGAGAGGGUCCCUAUCCAGGGCGGGGCUCUGAGGAAAGUGUCCACUUCCAACUCAGACCUGGAGCUUCCGAACACCGUCACUGUCACAUGA